UUUCAAAAUGAACGUUUUAGUCAGAUUCUUCUUCCUCUUCUACAUUUACCAAAUUAACUACUCUAAUGCCGAGGAAUGCGCAUGCGCAACAGGAAAUGUUCAUAUCAGAUCCGGUGCUGGCGUAAGCCAUGCUAUUCUGGGUACACUUCCUACAGAUUCAUGCCUUGCAUUCAAAGGGCAUCUUACAACUGUAAGCGGCACACAUUGGGCUCAUGUUGAUUAUCACGGUCAGGAUGGGUGGAUAUCAGCAACUUAUUUGACGUUCAGAACCUGUUCAUUGUCAACCGCGCAUACUCCAAGUUCUGGAACUUCCGGUUGUCCCUCAAUUGUUAGCCGAAGUGAGUGGCAUGCUCGCCCACCUAAGCAUCCGAUUGGUCCACUUCCGGCGGUGCCAGGAAAUGUUUAUAUCCACCAUGGCGCCACACCUGGGUGUCACAAUAAGGCAGAGUGUAUACGGCUAGUACAGUCGUACCAAAAUUACCACAUGGAUACCCAUGGUUGGCCCGACAUCGGAUACAGUUUCAUUGUGGGGGAAGACGGAAAUAUUUACGAGGGACGUGGAUGGAACGAGAUCGGGGCCCAUACAUACGGUCAUAAUUACGACGGUCUAGGAUUCUGUGUGAUGGGGGAUUUUACUUCACACGUACCAAAUGAUCUUGCAAUAAACGCUCUCAAGAGCUUGAUAGCUUGCGGAGUAAACUCGGGAAGAAUCACCCAGAACUACGUACUGAAGGGUCACCGUGAUGUCGGACAGACCAGCUGCCCGGGGGACAAAUUUUAUGCCCUGAUCCAGACCUGGCCACAUUACCACCACUGACAUUGACAAAGCAUGUCACUUUUCAGAUCAAUGAUAAAA